CGGAGUCCGUGCUCGGCGUCGUACUGUAUUCUUUGCUCUUUACACUCGCUCCUUUAGGUCCAUGGGUGUCGCAGGACUUUGGCCGCUCUUAGAACCGGCCCAAUCGGUCACGACCCUAACAGCGCUUGCCCUCACUAAAUUUGGCGCCACCAGUCGUGGAUUUCGCAUAGGCAUCGACGCUUCGAUAUGGUUCUUUCACGCAGAGUAUGGUAAAGAAGGGGAGAAUCCAGAGCUUCGGACGCUCUUCUUCCGAUGCGCGCAGUUGCUCAGCCAGGGAUUUUUACCCCUGUUCGUAUUCGAUGGUCCCUUGAGGCCAGAUAUCAAACGAGGCAAAAGAAUUAACAAGUCUGCGAAUAAGCUGGUGACUGGCAUGCAGGCGAUGAUAGAGGCUUUCGGGUUCGAAUAUCGCACGGCUCCUGGAGAGGCGGAGGCGGAGCUCGCAUUCCUAAAUAGAAUCGGUGUUAUCGAUGGAAUUUUAUCUGAUGACGUGGACAAUUUUCUUUUCGGUGCACACACCGUAAUUCGAAAUCAUUCCUCAACUCACGCCAGCGCGAAAAGUACGAUUGAGAAGGCAAAAGUCUACACAUACUCCCUCCCUCAUCCUGCCUUUCCGGAUGUUGAUCGCGAAGAUCUCAUUUUUAUUGCUCUAUGUUCUGGCGGUGACUACGGUACAGGUCUCGACAAUUGUGGUAUCAAGAUCUCAUACGGUCUCGCGCGCGCUGGGUUCGGGAAAAAGCUAUGUCGGGCCGCCUUGAAUCACAACGAAAAAUCCGACGAGCUGCGCAACUUUAUUAGGCAAUGGAAGUCAGAGUUAGCUCAGGAGUUAAAAACCAAUGCUUCCGGAUUUCUACCUCGAAAGUCACCUAAACUCGCCAGCACCAUUCCCAAUUCCUUCCCAGAUAUCAAGGUUUUGCUAGCUUACUUGAGGCCUGUCACCAGCGAGAGUCUUGGCCGCUCAGAACGCUAUGAUGACCUCUUGGUGAAUGAUGGAGGUUGCGACGGAUGGUUGAAGAAAGAUCCCUCCUUACCUCUGCUUGCUGAGAAAUGCGAGUUUUAUUUCGAAUGGGGGUUCCUCGAAAGCAUCAUAAAACGUUUCCGUACCGUCAUCUUCCAUGGUAUCACCCUUCGAAUCAUGAGACGCGCGUGUAUUCUUAAACCUACUCGUGGUGCAAAGUCGAUUGAUCUCGAGACUAUUUGUGCCCACUUUGCUGCAGGAGACCACGCUAUUGAGGAUACAGAGUCUCCAACCCCUGAAUUCAUUAAAGACGUGAGCAAAACACGCACACACGAAUCCACGUCGAAUACACUCGAGUAUCGAGUUGCUAUCGAUCCCACCAUCCUAGUUCAGCUUGCUACUCGCGGAGUGAAGGGAAUACGCCGACCCGACGACAAAGACGAAUGGGCAGAAUUCGAGGAGGAAUUAGAGAAUGAUUCUUCUGAUAAUGAGGGUGGCGCGAAAGGGAGGGCGAAGAAGAAGGAAUAUCCUGAUCCCACAUUGUCAUUGAAAGUUUGGCUCCCUGCGGUGCUUGUCAAGGAGGCAGUUCCUGGUUUGAUUGAGACUUAUGAAGAGAUGCGCAGACAAAAGGAAGAAAAGAAGGCAGGGAAGGGAAGAAAGGUAAAAGUCGUAGAACCAAAAACCAAGGCCAGACCGAAACCGAAACCAAGUGCCUCGGCUGCAACACUUACCACGAAAUCCUCUUCGUCACAGCUCAUGCUCAAAACUAAUCAGGUAGAUUCCUCUGAUGACGAUAUGGACUACGACAGUCGUCUGUUCAUUUCGGGUCGUCCUGCUCACUCCACAACACAUCCGCGAAAGGAUCACAUGGGUUGGAUAUCCCAAUCUACUUUACCUGAUCUAUUAUCUAGCGAUUAUCCUUCCCCGAGCACCUCUUCCGUCUCCCCACCCCGAAAACCUAAAUCUGCUGGCUCUUCCUCUCACACAUCUUACACACAUGUCAAGUUCUCCCUCAAAUCCUCUCAACAGGACAAAGGCAAACAGAAGGCCACCACCGUAUCUCGAGGCAAUAGCUUGCUUUCUACAAUAGAUGGUAUUGCUACGCCGAAGAAGAAUAAGAGAAGUGACAUUCGCCAAAUGUCUCGUUUUGGGUCUUCUUCACCUGAGAAAACCACACCUCGACCUUUUCCCGUGUCGGUGGAAAAUACUUUCGAUGAAGAUAGCGAUGACUGUGGUUAUAACGGUCCCUUCAAUCCCAAUCAUAUCCAUUCUCCUGCUCCUCCUGGCCCACCUCAGACACCUUCACCUCAGAAGAAGACCCGCAAAGCCAAUGCAGUUCAUUGCUCGGAUUCGUCUGUUUCUGAAGAAAAUACCAGCCCACGGGAAGACAAGGUCGACGUAUUGAAUAAAUCCCCGCGAAAAUCAAAAGAUCAUCGGUAUCCGAAAGGAUUCGACUAUGGAGAUUUUCCUAAUGGCGAGCAGGCGAGGAAGACAAUACGUGAUAUUCCACAUCCUUCACGCGCAGCCCGAGCGGCGUCUCCGACACCUAUGAGACGUACACCAAACAAAUCUACGUCUACAUACGCUGUAACUAAGGCAGCAGUAUCUGCACGUAUCCCUUCAUCAUCACCACCACCAUCACCACUCUCUAGCUCCAGUACUCGUCCUCUUCCCCCUUCUGCCAUAGCUCCUACAAUAGUAGGACCUAUAAUUAUUUCUGAUUCCGAGGAUGAGGAACAGCAGCCCCCAAAAGUCAUACCUAUAAUUGCUCCACAGCCCAAAUCGCGUCCCAGACCGAAACUAAAGGCAGCUACGACGUCUGAUAUUCCGAAAAGUCAUCCUGAUCAUAGACUGGGUAGAUCCGGUGCCUUUCAGGCUGGUAGGACGGAGUUUUCUGACACCGAAGACGAUGAUAUUCCGCCGCUGCUACGCGCCCGAGCGAGGGUCAAGGUGGCUGAUCAACCGCAAUACAAAGUUAAGGCAAAAGCAAAAGUAAGGACAACAACGACGACCAUGACCACGACGAGAACGAAGACAGUGGUGGAUAUAAUCGAACUAAGUGAUGACUCUUCUUAAUCCUCUUCUUAAUCUCCUUAAAGAAUCUCCAGAACGAUCAUUAUAUGUCAAUUAUAACUAUGUUUCUAACUAUGUAGCUCUUCAGGCUCUAUAUGUAUACGAUCGAUCUGCGAGUAGUCAGUAGAUAUGUACUCAAGAUGUACUUGGAAAUCACAGGUGCCAGUGCAAUAGAGCCCUGUAAGCAU